AUGCCUUUGAUAGUAAUGAGUGGUCCACCCUCAAGUGGAAAGACAACUAGAGCCAAUGAUAUAUCAAAGCACUUUACAGAACUGGGCAAGAAGGUCAUUAUAAUCAAUGAAGAGUCAAUGCUCAUCAAUAAGAAUGCUGGUUACAAAGACUCUGUAUCAGAGAAGAUGACAAGAGGAGCAUUGAAGGCAGCAGUAGAGAGAAGUUUGACAAAGGAUACAGUUGUUAUAUCAGACUCUUUGAACUAUAUAAAGGGAUAUAGGUAUGAGUUGUUCUGUAUUGCAAAGGCGGCAGGCACUCGUAUACUGUUGGUCUACUGUCUGACACAGAGGGAGCAGGCCAAGCAGUGGAACCUGGCUCGCGACCCUGCCACCGCCUUCACAGACAGUCUGCUCGACGAGCUGACCAACCGAUUCGAGGUGCCCAACCCCAAGAAUCGAUGGGACUCCCCACUGUUCACGCUGGAGCCCCAGCAUGAGCUGCCAUUCGACAUGCUGCACAAGACGCUGUUUGAGGUGCAGGAGCUGCGUCCGAACUACGCCACGGCGCCCCAAGCGCUGUCGCCCACCAACUUUGUCCACCAGCUCGAGGCCGUGACGCAGGAGAUCGCCAACGUCGUUCUAGACGCGUUGCAAUCUUCGUUGCCGGGCGACAAGAUCAAGGUGCCUGGUACAGAGAAGCGCGUGGCACUACACAGUCGACUCAAUGCUGCUGAGCUAAGGAAUCAACGUCGACAAUUCUACAAGUUUGCUCAACUACAUCCACCUCAACAGAAUCAAAUAGCCGAAUACUUUGUAGACUUCUUAAACUCUACAAGUUCA